AUGCUCUGGCUGCACGUCGUUCAGUACGGUGGAUUCAUUUUCGCUCAACUCACGAACGCCCUACUCGUCUUCCUGAUUAUGACGAAAGCUAAGAAACUUUUUGGCACUUAUCGACAUGUCAUGUGCACUUUUGCCAUGUACUCUCUAGUGUACACGUGGAUUGAGAUUCUCACACAGCCGGUAAGUUGCCAGAAUGUCAGGGGGUGAAAUGUGUCAAUCCAACUAGACUAGACGGAAAAAAAUCAAAUGCAUAACAGCAAUUGGAGCCUGAGCUAUAACUUUUCUGGAUUCUAAGCGAUGUAGGCCGGAGAAUUGAUAAUAGUUAAUAACACUUUGGUCCUAAAAGUCCAGCCCCUCUCUUCUGCAAAGUAGUUGCUUUCAGGUGAUGCACAUCAAGGGACCCGUCUUCAUCGUCUACAUGGAUAGCCCGUUGAAGUACUACAAAUGGAUCGGCAACGACGUCACCUGCCUGUACUGCGGCUCGUUCGCCCUCGUCAUUUCCCUGCUCGCCGCGCAGUUCUUCUACCGAUACGUUGCAAUGUGCAAACAGGAAUUCCUUCCGGAAAUCGAGGGCUGGAAACUGACGUUCAUCUUCGUUCCCUGCCUGAUUUGCUUCGUCGCCUGGUUCGAGUUUGUGUACUGGGGAAUGGCGAACACCGUCGAGAAGCAGUUGUACAUGAAGUAGGCGGAUUACCGAAGAAGAGACGAGAAUGUCAUUUUUCCAGAGAAGAAUUGUUGAAGUAUUACGAGGAGGAUUCGGAGCGAGUCUCCUUCAUCGCUCCAAUGUAUUGGUCGAUUGGAGACGACGGAGAGAAAGUUUGGAAGUUCUGGGAAAUCAUGUCUUCUGUCGGAUGCGUCGUGAUCAUUGUCAUCUGCUUCUCAACUAUUCUCUACUGCGCCUUCAACAUCUACCGAACAAUGAAAAGUGCCAGUUGUCACAUGAGCGCAAAAACGUUGGACUUGAAUCGUCAACUCUUCAUCACCCUCACCUUCCAGGUAACCUUUUCUAGUUUAUGUCUUCAAAAUUAGGUAAAUCUCCAGACUCUUCUCCCAUUUGUGAUGAUGUACAGUCCGGUGGGCCUUCUGAUCACUCUUCCGAUCUUCGAAGUGUACGUGGGAAGCAUUGCCAACUUCGUGAGCGCCAGUCUCGCCGUCUACCCAUCGCUGGAGCCAAUGAUCGCAAUGAUUUGCAUCAAAGAGUUCCGAAGAACUAUUUUACGUGAGUUUGAAGGAUGAUCAGGCUAGGCCCUUUUUUUCUCUCUGAUCCAUAUAUCUCCGGACCAGAUAAUUCGAUCGGUCUGAAACUUUUAACCCAAAAUAUUUCAAUGCAAGCCCCGUUCGAAAGGCCUCGAUCAGUCUUCUGCCCAUCCCUAUGAGCAGCAUUCGUUCAGAUGACAGUCUUGCAGGUACUCCACGCAUAAAAGUGUCUCAAAGAGGUCAGUCCUACUUCACAACCUCCAGUGCUUAA